AUGACUACUGCUUUGAACCGAUUUAUCUCGAGGUCGGCCGAGAGGUGUCGUCCCUUUUUCCUUCUACUGCAUAAGUGGAAAGGAUUUGAGUGGACCGAGGAAUGUGCUGUGGCGUUUCAGCAGUUGAAGGAGUACCUGUCCAGGCCUCCUAUCAUGUCUAGUCCUGAGGUAGAUGAGGUCCUGUUUGCUUAUCUGGCAGUUGCCCCUCAUGUAAUUAGUUUUGUCUUAAUACGAGAGGACAACAGCGUCCAAAGACCAGUUUAUUACGUAAAUUGCACUGGGAGAAUUGCUAAGUGGGACACAAUCCUAGGUGCUUUCGACAUCAAGUAUAUGCUUCGCACCUCUGUGAAGGGCCAAGUCCUUGCCGAUCAGGUAGCUGAGUUCGCCGAGUGUCCAGAAGAAGCUAACAUGAAGCAAAAUGACAUGGAUGAAAAAUCGGUUGGUCUGAUCUCCACCCAAGGCGGUUCCUCCUGGAGAGUAUAUGUGGACGAAGAAGCAAACCAACAGGGGGCAGGAUUGGGGCUAGUUUUGAUAUCCCCUGAGGAGAUCAUCAUUGAGAGAUCCUUGAGUGACAUCUUGCCCGAAGAGAAAAUAGAAGUUGAGAAGAUACGGAGGAAAGCUCCUCGGUUCUGGUUAUCUGAGGACAAAAAGUUAUACAAACGGUCCUUCUUUGGGCCGUACCUACUUUGUGUACAUCCCGAGAUGUUAGAGUCACUCCUAGAGGAGCUGCAUGAAGGCAUUUGUGGAAGUCAUACAGGGAGAAGGUCCCUAUCACAUCGGGCCAUUACUCAAGGAUAUUGGUGGUCAAAUAUGCAGAAGGAAGUGCAGGAGUAUGUUAGAAAAUGUGACCGGUGUCAAAGGUUCGCUCCAAACAUCCACCAGCCUGGAGGAAUUCUUAACCCUCUAUCCAACGCUUGGCCUUUUGCUCAAUGGGGGCUGGAUAUUGUCGGCCGUUUUCCUAAAACCUUAGGAAACAAAAAGUAUCUGCUGGUUGGCACGGAUUAUUUCACUAAAUGA